AUGGACCCAUUAACGAUAGUCAGAUGGCUGGGAGUGUGUGCGGAGCCGCCCAUAGAGGAGGCGCAACCUGCUUGGUGGGUGGAACUGCAGAGGUCCGAGGCAGUGCAAAACAAGGAGAAGGCUCGCAACGCCACUCAGCAGGCCGCGUUGCCUUCUGCAGUGUCAUCAAAUCUUGCCUCAGAAGGCGCAAGGAGGAAAGUGCGUUUCGCUUCUGAACCGACUGCGGACCCACAUGGCUUCUAUGAGACCGAUGCAGAAUUUGUCAUUUCUCCAUCUCACCCCGAUACACAGACUUCGCUGACGCGUGACUCUGAACACAGCGAAUUGGCGUCCUGGGACCUCAGCGAUCUGGAAGAUGCAUCAGCCAUACGCCGCAUGCUUAUCCCCACAGCUGACACGCCUCGCUCUUCAGCUGGCAGCUUCACUGCCACCAGCGUGGACUUGUACCACGGCAGUCAUCCUUCGAGUGCCGAACCCGUGUUUCAUGAAUUCUGUGGCAGUUCUAUGAACAGCGCGAGCUCAGAUUUUACCUCAUCAGCUAGACAGACUGGUGGUUGA